AUAUAACGGCGGGCCGACUCACAGGCGGCACAUUCGAGGCAGCGCUCGUCUCCAGAGGGUGUCAUCAUGAAGUUCCUGGUGUUUGCGGCCUGUCUGGCCGUGGCGACUGCGACCGUCAUCAAGGAUGUCCACAUACAUAUCGGGAAGGAUCUGCUUGUGAACUUGGACAUCAAGAGCAAGGAGGUUCUGUGCAUGAAGCUGCUGAACUUCAUCCUGCAGCCGACCGUGUACGACGACAUCCGGGAUGUGGCGCGCGACUUUGACCUGGAAGUGAACAUGGACAAGUACCUGAAAGUCGACGUGGUGAAGAAGUUCAUCGACUUCUACAAGAUGGGCUUCCUGCCGCGCGGCGAGGUGUUCGUGCACAACAACGAGAAGCACAUGGACGAAGCCAUCGUCGUGUUCCGCAUGCUGUACUUCGCCAAGGACUUCGACACCUUCAUCCGCACCGCCUGCUUCCUGCGCGAGCGCAUCAACGGCGGCAUGUUCGUGUACGCCUUCACCACCGCCGUGUUCCACCGCGAGGACUGCCGCGGCGUCAUCCUGCCGGCUCCUUACGAGAUCUACCCCUACUUCUUUGUCGACAGCCACAUCAUCAACAAGGCGUUCAUGCUCAAGAUGACCAAGGCCGCCACCGACCCCGUCAUCUUCGACUACUUCGGCAUCAAGGUGACCGACAAGAACGUCGUCGUCAUCGACUGGCGCAAGACAUUGCGUCACACCCUGAGCGAGCACGACCGUCUCAACUACUUCACCGAAGACAUCGACAUGAACACCUUCUUCUACUACCUGCACAUGAACUACCCCUACUGGAUGACCGACGACGUCUACGGCUUGAACAAGGAGCGUCGCGGAGAGGUCAUGAUGUACGGCUACCAACAGCUGCUCGCGCGCUACCGUCUCGAGCGCCUGUCUCACAACAUGUGCGACAUCAAGAUGAUCACGUGGGACAAGACCAUGUCGACCGGCUACUGGCCCAAGAUCCGCCUGCACACCGGCGACGAGAUGCCCGUCCGCCGCAACAACGUGUACCUGGUCAACAAGUACAACAUGAAGUACAAGAUGUACGUCGACGACGUCGAGAGGUACAUCCGCGAUGGAAUCACCAAUGGACGCAUUACACGCCGCGAUGGAACCGUCAUCAAUCUGAGGAAGGCUGAGGACUUCGAGCACCUCGCGAGGAUGCUGCUCGGUGGAUUGGGCAUCAUGAACGACGAUGCCAAGGUUAUCCACGUUGUCCACUUGUUCAGGAAAUUGGUGUCUUACUCGAACUACAACUUUGACAAGUACACAUAUAUUCCAACUGCAUUGGAUAUGUACUCGACAUGCCUGCGCGACCCGCUCUUCUGGAGAAUCAUGAAACGCAUCACUGAGAACGCUGUUCUGUUCAAGAAGUACCUGCCUAAAUACACCAAAGACGAACUCGACUUCCCCGGAGUCAAGGUCGAACGCAUCUUCACAGACAAACUGGUCACCUUCAUGGACGACUACGACUUAGACAUCACCAACGCCUUGUAUCUCGACAGCACUGAAAUGCAAAAGAAGAAAUCCGACUACACAUACGUCGCCAGAAUGCGCCGUCUGAACAACCAUCCGUUCAAAGUGACCAUUGAAGUGAUGUCUGACAAGGCGGUGGACGCCGUCGUCAGAGUGUUCUACGGACCCAAGUACGACUGCAUGGGACGCCUGCUCAACUUCAACGACAAGAGAUUGGACAUGGUAGAAAUCGACAGCUUCAUCUACAAGCUCGACACCGGCAAGAACACCAUCGUCCGCAAAUCCAUCGAAAUGCACGACGUGAUCGGCGACAGGCCAUGGACCCGUCGCAUCCUGGACAACACCAUCGAAAACACCGGCAGCGUGGACCGCGUCGUCAACAGCUACUGGUACAAGACGCGCCUGGGACUCCCGCACAGGAUGCUCCUGCCUCUGGGACAUUACAACGGCCUUCCCAUGCAGUUCUUCGUGAUCGUCACCCCCGUGCGCACUGGCCUCCUGUUGCCUACGGUCGACAUCAACAUCAUGAAGGACCGCCACACCUGCCGCUGGUCCAGCUGCUACGACACGAUGGCGCUCGGCUUCCCAUUCGACCGUGAGAUCGAUCACACCAAGUUCUUCACCAACAACAUGAAGUGGGUCGACGUGCUCGUGUACAGGAAGGAUCUGGCGACGUCCAACACCGUGAAGGACGUGGACAUGUCCGACAUGGUGAUGAAGCGCGACGACAUGACCUACCUGGACACCGACAUGAUGGUGCGAUGGUCCUACAAAGACGUGAUGAUGAUGAGCACCGACAAGAUGCUGCGACUUUAAACACCUAUUAUUUAUAAACAUAUUUAUUACGUAAUGUACAAUAAAUAGCAUUGAAUCCCAA